CUCUUCUCCCCUGCCUCUGCUCAUAUGACUGGUUUCGGCUCUCAGCCGGGCUGUUGUUGCCGGUGGGCUCUGUUUUCGUUUCCUUCAGCCUCGGCUGUGGCGUGAACAUGGAGACGCGUCGCUCUCUACUUGGCCGCCUCCUGGGUCCGCUCUGCUGUGGGCUCCUCCUUUUCGUCUUCAUGCUCCUCGACGGCUCCGCUUCGUCAGAGAUGUAUACGGUCGAUGUAGAAGUGAAGGAUGACUCCAACUCCACAUGUCUCUACGCAAGAUGGAUGAUGAACUUCUCAAUAAAGUAUGAAUCCAAUGUUAGUGAAUAUAGAAACAAGGCCUUUACACUCCCAGAAAAUGUGAGUUAUGAUGGAAGCACUUGUGGUAAUGAAACCAGUGGCCCUCUGCUGGCAAUAGAGUUUGGAGCAGGAAAUUUCUGGAGUAUCAACUUUGCGAAAACAGAUGAUACUUACCAAGGAAACAUCACCUUUAUCUACAAUACCAAUGAUGUGGAACUAUUUCCAGAUGCCAAAAGGAAAGGGCCAAUUGUUACCUCGGCAAUGUAUCCGGUGCAUCCAAUUAAAUUGCAUACAGCGUACAUCUGUCAUCAUGUGGAUUCUGUUAAAACUGGUAAUGUCACAAAUGACCUCUGGAAUGUCAGUCUUCAGGCUUUCCUUCACAAUGGCUCUUUAAGUACACAAUAUACUCAUUGUGAUGAAGAUGUUGCCGCUUCUGCUGUUGAACAUGCUGCCAAAGUUUCUGUUGCAGCCACAACUGUUUCUACUACAACCACAACAACCACAACUACGACAACCACUACUGUGCCUACGACAACCACUACUGUGCCUACGACAACCACUACUGUGCCUACGACAACCACUACUGUGCCUACGACAACCACUACUGUGCCUGCAACAACAACCUCUACUACCACCACUACUUCUACUACAACUGUCUCUACUACCACCACCACCACAACAACAACAACUACAGCUGCUACUGUUGAAACAACAGUUUUGUCACCUGCUCCUCUGCCCACUGCCGAAGCAGAGGAGAAACCUGUCACGGGAAAUUACUCGGUCAGCAUUGGUACCACAGCCUGUCUCCUAGCAAGCAUGGGACUGCAGCUGAACAUCUCCAAAGAACAGAGCCCUUGGAUUAUUAAUAUUCAUCCAAACACUACUGAAGCUACUGGUAGCUGUGGUAAAAGCUUUGCAGACCUCAAGCUGAAUGACAGUGACAGCAUAAUUAUUGAUUUCUUCUUUGCAGUUAAAAACACAAGCUUGGAAACAUUCUACCUGAAAGGGGUGAACAUCACUGUUGUUCGUCCUGCCAAUGGCUCUCUUCAUGCUGUGAACAAUCAUCUCAAUUUGUGGGAUGCCUCCGUGGGCAGUUCGUACAUGUGCAGGAAAGAAGAGACUAUUGUCGUGGUGGAGGGAUAUCGAAUAAAAAUCUUUGACCUAAGGGUUCAGCCAUUCGAUGUAAAAGAAAACAAAUACUCUACAGCCCAGGAGUGUUCAUUGGAUGACGACACCAUUUUAAUCCCGAUUGCAGUUGGCGCUGCCCUUGUAACCUUGAUCGUCAUUAUAGUGUUUGCUUACGUAAUUGGCCGAAGAAAAGGCUAUGCCGGAUAUCAGACACUGUAAAUCUUGCGAGGCUCCUCUCAGUUGCGAUUCAAGCAAGGGCAAACUCUAAACCCAGCUACCCACGUUCACGGUUCUCCGUAAAAGCAUAGAGAUGCGUGCCCACACCCCAGGAUGCGUCUCCGGACCUGUAAAGAUUUCAUAAGAUGUAUGAAACUGGAGAAUGGGCAUGGUGAAAUUUAGGCUACGAGUUCAAACCUGCAGAUAUAUAUAUAUAUUUUUGUUAAUGUAAAAACGUCGCAUAUAAAACUUUACCAGUUAAGCAGGCAGCAGUCUGAAAACGGAAUUUAUCCUAACUGAAAUCAGACUAUCGGAGCAACCCAUGGAGAACUGGAAUUGGUACUUGCUGCCCUGUGCAGUCCAUUUUUUACAAGUGAAGGAUAACCUGGGCUGCCUUGGUUAAACUACCGCUUGGAAUCCCAGAGCUCUAGUCCACACGCUGUGCAGUGUUUGUGGUGUUCUUCCCACUAAUGGCACCAUACCAGUGAAUAUCUUGACAGCCAGUUCAGCACAAGAAAGCCAGCUGGGCAAGCGUGUGCAAGCUUCCUUUAUUAGUAUUGUUGCAUUAGAAAACUCCUCAAGUUUACAUUUCCUAACUAGCUGCAUCUGAUGUGGUGUGGUGAGCUAGAAAACUGCAGAGCCUGAUCUUGUGGGUGUGACCACCCACAGAGGCAGGCAGAAACUUCCAUCUCGCUGGGCCUCUCUUUAGAAUAACGAAACCAAAAUUGAUAAUUUUAUGUUCCUUGAAGUGCCCUUAAAUUGCUUUGUAACUGCAGUCCUAGUUAAACACUCCCAUGUCCAAGCCAGCAUCUGUUGAAAACUGCUAAACAGCACAAACUUCUGUCAGGUUGUCUGUUACAGAGAAGGUAUUAGUUGGUUUGUGUGCUUGGGUGUACAGCUGUGCAUUUAAAGCUGAUUGCGUUUUGCCUAUUAUGAUACUUUUGUUACUGGGCGUGAACUUGAUGGAUGUGGGGGAGGCGGAGCAUGAGCAGCAGUAAAUUCUGCCAUACAUAAUUACAGUGUGAGGUCACGGGUCUGCUGCUGAAUUUGCAUUUGUGCAAGUAGGAAUUAUGAUGUUCAGGCUGCAUUAAAUAUGUAGUGUUUGUGACUGUUGGUGUUCUACAUGCAAGGGAGUUAUCAACCAAUGGAAAAUUUCUUGAGAGUUUGACAAAUUGCUGUGGUUCAGAAUGAACUCCAAGGGGGAUAAUUUUAGCAAAGGGAACUUAAACUUGACCACUUUGUACUUUGCUGCACAAGCAAAUGUAUAUGUGUAGCAGAGUGUAGCUCUGCCUUUAAAAAAAUGAGCUGUUUAUUAUUUGUCCUUGAUUUAUACAAAUUGAAUUCCACUUAAAAUCAGUCUGUGUUUGAGCCUUUCCAUAAGUAUCUUUUUGUGGCUUGAGCAGACAACAAGAUGGCCAUUCACGGCUGUCUUUCUCUUUGUACUUUCCAACAAAUAAUUGGCUUGUGGUUAAUUCUUCUAGACUAGAGAUCUUCUUGGCUUGCAGAUACAAAGAGGAGUGUAAACCUCUGCCAGCAUAACAUCAUACCCAUUGUCUCUUCACCUGCUUCUUAGUAAGGAAGCAUGAGCCAGUUAGCUCUGUUUGAAAACUUCAGCAGUGCAUAUUGAGUUCCACACAGCCAAAUGUACCCCUCACUCCAGUGAGCGGCUGAACUGCUCGUUAGCAAAGGCUGAUUUUCUUAUACUUCUCACCAAGCUCUAACUGGCUCAUGUAAACUUCUAGGGCAUCACUGUCUGCUUUAAUCUGCUGAAGUUCUUUCUACACUGUAUUUCUACUUACGGAUGUAAAUUCAUUGUUUGCACAAAAUGCUUUAAUAAAAAUUCUUCUAUUCAUAAGGAAA